GUGUUAGAAGAAUAAUUCUGGGCCAAUCCGAGCUGGGUUUGCAUAAGGAUGACACUUAUGCUGCUUAAAGAGGAAGAUGCUUAUUCGAGAACAUAAAAGACAGCAUUCAAAGAUUGCUCACAACUAAGAUAAGAUGGAGAACCAAACCAAGACUGACGAGAUCUUACUGCUAGGAUUUACUGAAAGUCACCAGCCUGAGAUGUUUCUAUUUGUCCUUUGCUUGGUCAUGUACCUGAUGGCCAUAUCUGGAAACGUUCUGAUUGUUAUUAUCACCCUUGUGGAUCUCCACCUCAGGACCCCAAUGUAUUAUUUCCUCAGGAAUUACGCCAUCUUGGAAAUUGGAUACACUUCAGCGGUCAUUCCCAAAGCUUUGAUCAAUUUGGCAUCGGGGAAGAAAACCAUCUCUUACGCAGGGUGUAUCAGCCAACUGUUUUUUUAUUUCUUUUUGGGCACUACAGAUUUUUUCCUUCUGACGGUGAUGUCCUUCGACCGCUAUGUGGCCAUCUGCAAUCCUUUAAGAUACGCCACCAUCAUGAACCAAUGGGUUUGCACUUGGAUGGUGCUGAUCUCUUGGAUUGCAGGAUUCAUCUUGAUUUUUGGCCAAACCAUAUGUUUUGCACAAUUCCCCAUCUGUGGCUCAAACAUCAUUGAUCACUUUUUCUGUGACAGUAAACCACUGAUGAAACUUCUCUGUGGGGAUACGCGUCUCCUGAAGCUCGUUGGCUUCAUCCUUUCUAUUUUUUCACUUCUAGGGACUUUAGCGAUCACCACAAUAUCCUACAUGAUAAUCAUUUCCACCAUCCUUCGCAUCCCAACGGCUGCAGGGAGGAAAAAGGCCUUCUCCACCUGCGCCUCCCACAUCAUUGUGGUCUCCAUCACAUAUGGAAGCUGCAUCUCUAUGUAUCUCAUCCCUGAGGAAAGUGAAGGGAAAAAUUUCAACAACGCAGUGGCCGUUCUCAACAAUGUGGUUUGUCCCCUCAUGACCCCGUUUGUCUACACUCUGAGGAACAAGCAGGUCAAAGAUGCUUUGAAAGAUGCCUUGGGAUGCAAGAGGAUAACUCAUAAAAUAUGAGGAAUGUCAACAUAUUUGAAAGAGGAAGACAAAAAAAGGAAAUAAUGAAUGUGGUCAGAGUAAAAAUAGAUUGGUGAUAUCUGUUGAACCUGUGAUUGAUUGAUUGAUCAGGUGCCUAUGUAACUGGUGGUGAGGGUAAGGGGGAUUAAAUGUUUUAUAUUGGAAGUUUUGGAACUAGUUCAUUGCAAAAUGUUUCUUAAUUCAUCCUUGCAAUAAAACAGACCAAGCUU